AUGAUAAAUACAUGUUCCAAAACACGUAAUGAAUUAAACAUUGUCAUUAAUCGAUAUGACUAUAAAUUAUACACCUUUUUAUUAAAUUUAUUACAACAUGGAUUAUUGAAUAAAAAAUAUUUUUUUGAUCAUAUCAACUAUCAACUUUUUUUUAAAGAGUUUGAUUUUUACAGAGAACAAGCAGAUGUAAAAACUGUACCAAAAAGUUAUAAAGAAAUAGGUAAAACAGAUUCUUACAAUUAUCUAGACUUGAAACUAAAAUUAAUCGUUGCAACUUCAUGGAAAAGUUACACUACCAAAUAUAAUGAAUCAAGUAUCAGAAAAUUGGAUUUAUCAAAAUCUUUAGAAAAGGAUCUUUUAGAAAUAAGAAAAAAAAGGUUAAAUACUGUAUUAGAAAAAAAAGAUUAUGUUAUGAAUAAUAUAGUUAAAAACCUAACAAAAUGUCAAGACGAAAAAAAUUACAACUCUUUAUUACACGAAUGGGAAGAAAAAUCUUUUAUAGUAUUUGAAGAAUUUCGUAAUAAAAAUAUGACAUACAAAUAUAAAGAUUAUUUAAGUGGAAAAGAAAAUAAUGAUAUAAAUGAAUUAUUCAAAACACAAUAUAGCCUUACUAAUAAAAUAGAUAAUGGUGCCGAAUCUAAAAAUAAAUUAGACAAAAUUAAUGCUUCUGUAAAAAAAAUGUUAAAAUUAUAUGAAUGGAAAGGUGACGAUGGUAAGGACGAAGUUGAAAAUAUAAAUAAUCUAGAAAA